AUGCUGCUAGUAGGCAAUCUCAAUGCUCGAACAGCAAGCACUCAGCCACAGCCGCACAACCCCACGCGACUCUCUUUCGACAAGGAGACGACGGCACGAGGCACGGAGCUCAUGGACGCUCUGAGAGCAACGGACAUGAACAUCCUAGACGGGUGCGAGGAUAUGGGACAAGAGUCCGGCGCGUGGACGUCAUUCAACUCAGACUCAACCGAUCUUCGCCAAUCCGUUGUCGACUACCUCAUCACGAAUGCUCUGGCCGCGCCCUACGUCUUCGACCUCAGAAUCCUGCCUCGACUGGGCGAAUCUGAUCAUGCGCCUAUGGAAUUCGCCCUCGCUGUACUCGGAAGUGAGCUGCUGUGCGACUACAAACCAGCCGCGGCCAGAGCACGCCGCUGGCCCCGCAGGCGAUCGGACCUCCCAAUGCACAGCGAACUGGACAAGGCAUAUGCAGCCGCAAUUCAGAGUGCGGAAGACUCAACGCCAGAUACGCACAUGUUCGCUCUGUAUGGCUGCGCCGCCAGAGGCUUUCGCGAGACCAUCAUACUCACGAAUGGCUCCUGCCACAGCAACGGGCGACAGGCUGCCUCCGCGGGUGCUGGGGUCUACUUUGGAGAAAGCUGUCGGAACUGGGCAGUGCAAGUGCUGCGUGCGCAAACGAACAACCGCGCAGAAGUGUACGCCAUCCUUCGUAUCUUCUCCGACUCCCAAUAUGCGAUACGCUUACUUACGCACUGGGCGGCUUCACGCGAGAACACCGGAUGGCUGUGUGCAAACGGCGACAUCCUUAGGAACUGCGCCGAGUGGCUGAAAGCCCGCACAGCAACUACUCGGUUCGAGUAUGUGCAGGCACACAAGGGCAGUCACAGGAACGAGAGCGCCGACCGCCUAGCCAACAAGGGCGCCGACGAGCCGCCGCUAGGGGUAUUCGUGCCAAUUCCGCCCCCCGCCGCUGAACCGACGCGACCGGGAACGGAAAGAAUACCGAAAGGCGCCGUCAAAGUCUCCAUCUCCCUGCCACCAGCGACUCUAUCCCGAAGGGCGCCGCACGGACAGGCAUAG